CGUCUCUCAUUUAGGCAAAAAUCGCUUUACCCAAAAUGUCGUGUCCUUAGCAACCCAACCGCUUUUCCAAACAAAAAUUUCAGUUAAAAUUUCUUGUCGUUUCGGUAUGUGAAUUCCCAAAAUUGUCGUAAAUUUCGAACUUUUGUAAAAAUUCUUCGUGUAACCACCCCUUCAACAUGGUGUUCGUUUGCCCCGAAAAGUGCAAACAGCGCAAAUCCCUCCUGACCAAACUCAAGGACUUGGUCGACCAGAUCGACGACAAGAAGUGCUGUCCCCCUUGUUGUCCACCUCCUUGCUGUCCUCCCCCUUGUUGUCCACCCCCUUGCUGCGGCAUCGGACCGUGCUGUCCACCCCCGUGUUGCCCCUCGCCCUGUCCCUGCCCCUGUCCUCCGCCCCAAUGCUGCCCCGGGACGUGCCCGCCGCCCUGCGCGCCCGUGCCCAUGUGCCCGCCGGCGUGCCCGCCCGUCAUGGUGCCCCCUUGCAUGCCGAUUUGCACGGCGGUGCCGCCGCCCUGCGUCCCCGUGUGCAAUCCCUGCCCCGAGGAGCAGCCCUGCGUGCCCUGCAACCCCCCGCAGAUGAUGGUGUGUUACCGGCGCCCCAAGUGCCCCACGGGGGCUUCCAGCAGAUCGAAGAGCCGCGAAUUGCGGGCUAGUAUCUUGCACGUGGGGUGCGACUGCGAAAAGCGGAACGGCCUCCAGGACGACUGCCCCCGGUCGGAGUGCCAGGGGGCCCCCGAGUGUCUCACCAAGCCGGACCCCACCUGCGGCCCCAGCGAGUUCGCCAAUGGCAAACAUUUGGGCAGGAAGAAGGAUUACAGUGGCAAGAACAAGGACCUGGAGGAGUACCAGUGUUAUCCCGCUUACGUGCGUCUGCCCCCGUGCCCCCCUUGCUCGCCCUGCGGGGGGUGUCCCCCUCCCUGUUGCCCGCCCCCGUGUUGUGACCCGUGCUGCCCGCCCCCGACCUGUUGUCCGGCUGUGCCCCUGGUGGCGCAAGCCCCUUGUCCGCCCCCGAUUUGCCCCGGGCCCCCGCCCCUCGUCCCCGUGGGGCAGAUUGUGCCCAUGGCCCCGUGUGUGCCGUGCUGUCCAGCUCCAUGUUGUCCGCCGCCAGUGGCGUGUUGUCCACCUUGCCCAUGUCCUUGUCCGUGUUGAAUGUUUUUUUCUGUUAAUAAAUAAGUUGGAAAGUC